AUGGUGCGGUGGAGGUUGUGCUUGGUACUGGCGUUGCUUUUGCUCCUACCGGCCAGGAGUCGCUCCAAGUUGGAGGAUGAUGAAGAAGACGAAGUUCAUACAAUCACAUGUCACAGCGUGGACGACAAGUGCUUCACGACGAUUAUGUCGAAGGGGAACACGUACGAGGCCGUUGUGCGAGGUUGUCGCUCUGGAUGUAUCGGCACGCCUGAUACUACCUGCUGUGAGCUGAACCGGUGCAACAAUCAAGCUCUAGCAUUGCCAGUUGCAAUUGCACCUCGUGCUAAGAAAGACAAGGCGUCCAAAUCUUUUCCGCCCACAGUAUUCUUUUUCGUCACUGUUCUCUUGCUGCUUCAAACAGCGGCUAAAGUUGCUUUUAUCUAA